UCCACAUGCGAAAGAAUGAGAUUCUCCUUGCUCCUACUUAACUUGGAGGAAUACUACUUUGAACAACAUACAGCUAAUCAUAUUCAGAACAAGGGUGGUCACAGUGAAAGGAAAAUCAGAGGCUCCUUAAAAAUAUGCUCAAAAUCAGUUAUUUUUGAACCAGAUGCGAUUUCCCAGCCCAUCAUUAAGAUUCCUUUGAGAGAUUGUAUAAAAAUAGGAAAACACGAAGCAAAUGGGUCCAACAGACACUGUACAAAGGCAAAAUCUGGGGCGAUUUCACUCCUUUUCAGUCAGGUGUAUUUCAUUAAAGAACAUAAUAUUGUUGCACCGUAUAAAAUAGAAAGGGGCAGGAUGGAGUAUGUCUUCGAGUUGGAUGUUGCAGGGAAAGUGGAAGAUGUUGUGGAGACGUUGCUUCAGCUUCACAGAGCAUCCUGCCUUGACAAACUUGGGGACCAAACUGCUAUGAUAACAGCUAUUUUGCAGUCACGUUUGGCUAGGACAUCAUUUGACAAAAACAGAUUCCAAAGCGUUUCUGAAAAGCCACACAUGGAAUGCAAAGCAGAGAUGGUGACUCCGCUGGUGACAAAUCCCGGACACGUGUGCAUCACGGACACGAACCUGUAUUUCCAGCCUCUCAACGGCUACCCGAAACCCGUGGUCCAGAUAACACUGCAAGAUGUCCGCCGUAUUUACAAAAGGAGGCACGGCCUCAUGCCUGUGGGCUUGGAAGUGUUUUGCACUGAAGAUGACCUCUGUUCUGACAUCUACCUGAAGUUCUAUGAACCUCAAGACAGAGAUGACCUCUAUUUUUAUAUUGCCACGUAUCUAGAGCACCACGUGGCGGAGCGCACGGCGGAGAGCUACACCCUGCAGUGGCAGCGCGGGCUCCUGUCCAACCACCAGUACCUCCUGCACCUCAACAACCUGGCCGACCGCAGCUGCAACGACCUGUCGCAGUACCCGGUGUUCCCGUGGAUCAUCAGCGACUACUGCAGCGCCGAGCUGGAUUUGUCCAAUCCGGGAACGUUCCGGGAUCUCAGCAGGCCGGUAGGGGCCCUGAACAAGGAGCGCCUGGAGAGACUUCUGAGCCGCUACCAGGAAAUGCCGGAGCCCAAGUUCAUGUACGGCAGUCACUACUCUUCUCCGGGUUACGUGCUCUUCUAUCUUGUCAGGAUCGCCCCGGAGUACAUGCUGUGCUUGCAGAAUGGAAGAUUUGACAACGCAGAUAGGAUGUUCAACAGCAUUGCAGAAACUUGGAGAAACUGCUUGGACGGUGCCACAGACUUUAAAGAGUUGAUUCCAGAAUUCUAUGGCGACGACGUCAGCUUUUUAGUUAAUAGUCUGAAGUUGGACCUGGGCAAGAGACAGGGCGGGCAGAUGGUGGAAGACGUUGAACUGCCCCCCUGGGCGCGGAGUCCCGAGGACUUCCUCCAGAAGAGCAGAGACGCGCUGGAAAGCACUUACGUGUCAGAGCACCUCCACGAGUGGAUCGACCUGAUAUUUGGCUACAAGCAAAAAGGCAGUGGUGCUGUUGAGGCCCAUAAUGUAUUUCAUCCCCUGACCUACGAAGGAGGCGUCGACUUGAACAGCAUCGAGGACCCGGACGAGAAAGUGGCCAUGCUAACCCAGAUCUUGGAAUUCGGGCAGACGCCGAAACAGCUCUUUGUGACGCCACAUCCCCGACGGAUCACCCCAAAGUUCAGAAGCUUCCCCCAGACCUGUGGCCAUACUGCCCCCCUCGCAGACUCUCCAGUUUCUCCAGGUGAAGAGUCUUUUGAAGACCUGACCGAAGAAAGCAAAACGCUGGCCUGGAACAACAUCAGCAAACUCCAGCUGCACGAGCAGCACAAACUCCACAAAGAGGCCGUUACUGGAAUCGCAGUCUCUCGCAAUGGCUCUUCGGUCUUCACCACGUCCCAAGAUUCCACCUUGAAGAUGUUUUCUAAGGAAUCCAAAAUGCUACAGAGAAGUGUAUCGUUUUCAAAGAUGGCUUUAUCAUCUUGUUUGCUCUUGCCAGGGGACGCCACUGUCGUCAGUUCUUCGUGGGAUAACAACAUCUAUUUUUAUUCUAUAGCAUUUGGAAGACGCCAGGACACGUUAAUGGGACACGACGACGCCGUUAGUAAGAUCUGUUGGCAUGACAGCCGGCUGUAUUCCGGAUCGUGGGACUCCACAGUGAAGGUGUGGUCUGGUGUCCCUGCAGAAAUGACGUGCCCCAAAAGACACCAGUUUGACCUGCUGGCCGAGCUGGAACACGACGUCGGUGUAGACGCGCUUAGCUUGAAUGCUGCGGGUACCAUGUUGGUCUCGGGCACCAGGGAAGGCACCGUGCAUAUCUGGGACCUGUCUGUGGCCACCGCACUGCACCGGAUCCCGUGCCAUUCAGGGACCGUGUGUGAGGCCGCUUUUAGCCCAGACGGUCGCCAUGUCCUCAGCUCCGGCGCAGAUGGCUGUCUGAACGUCACCGAUGUGCAGACGGGAAUGCUCAUCUCGUCUAUGACCUCGGACGAGCCCCAGAGGUGCUUCGUCUGGGAUGGGAAUUCUGUCCUGUCCGGCAGUCAGUCUGGUGAGCUGCUGGUUUGGGACCUCCUCGCAGGCAAAAUCAGUGAGAGAAUCCAGGGCCACGCAGGUGCGGUCACGUGCAUAUGGAUGAACGAACAGUGUAGCAGCAUCAUCACAGGAGGGGAAGACAGACAAAUGAUGUUCUGGAAAUUGCAGUAUUAAGUGCCUUUUCCUCUCUCGAAUGUUAAGUCGAAUUCUAUUUAAAUGUAUUUUUAAACCAAACUGAAAUGAACUGGUGAAUGUGCAAUGAUGGUAAUUACAGGUUUUACCACACGAGGUGUGUGUGGCUCUAAACCUCCACAAUCAUGGGGCCCCACUGAGCGCCAGUGGCGGUCGGCCCAGGAUGCUGGUGGCCGGAAGGCAGGUUUGAGGGCGAAGAAAAGUAGCUAAGAGACACUGAACUGAGUUGGGAGAACCUUCAAACAACAGUGAACUCCAGAUUUUCCUAGAAAACGGACAGUAUUCUCGGCUACUUCCGAGUCACUGUUUUGUCUUCCUUACCUACGAAUCGCUGCCCACGGGGUUUGGGGGUGUGUUUUCACAGAGCGGCUACUUUGUCCUCAGAUUCUAGGAACCUGGGGAAGGAUUAUCAGUUAACAGUAAGUUUACUGUGUACAGGAUGGUUUGUUUCAUUAUAGCUAUUAAAUGCUCAUCUUUUCUACAUUAAAAAUAUUUUUCUGUAA